GUUCAGGGUCCGUUCACCUCUGUGUGUCUGACUGUGGGAAGGUGGUCCUGGUCGAAAAACACCGUCCAGGAAAGCGACCGACGGGCAAGUUUGCGUGUUUUUGUUCAGUCCCUCCGCACUUUACAGCGUCUACAAAACAAACCAUGAAACUCCGGAAUUGACUCAAAACGUUAGUGACUAAAGAAGUGAUGGAUUUAAGUUGUUUCUCCACGGGAAUAAAGUUAGGAAACUACGAGGUGAAAAUGGAGAGCCCAGCUGAGUGAGAGUGGGGUGAGGAGGCUGGAUUUGGCCAAGUUGGGAGUCCUGCCCUGCUGCUAGCAGGCUAGUUAGCAUGCUGAGACACUUCGCUAUCUCGGAUAAGUAAUGAGAGCUUCCCUCUGCUGUUCUCCAGCAUGUGAGUCUCCAGGGGAGCUGUUUCAUCUGUGGCAAGACCGCUGCUGACAUUGCAGCUUUUUCCCAAUGGAUCGAAGCAUAGUUGAUGAAGUUAUUUACUGCGGAAGCUCCGUGUGAAUCCUGAAGAUAACUUUGCAUUUCUCCUAAAGGCAACCCCACUUAAGCUUGGUUUAGAGAGGCUGGAUGCUCCGGGUGACCUUCUCCAACCCCUCCCAUGAUCAGUCAUUUUUCUGACCUGAGCAUCCAUACUGACUCUACUCAUGUGAUUUUCUCUCAUACAUUCAACAUAUUCUGCCAUCUGAGAUAGAGCCCUGGUAGGUUUUUGAAGCGCUUUGAGGUGCCCACUGCCUGCAGACGCUGCAGCCUGGCUGUUGUGCAAGUCCCAGUGGCACAGGCCCUAUAAAAGUACACUGUAACAAAAAGACAACGCGCUCGCCAAAAUGCAUUCAUGAACUCAUCGACUUUCCAAACUGGAUUUAAGUGGAUGUAUCGGGUGUAUUCAUGAACUGUGAGUGCUGAUGCCAGCUCAUUGGGACUGGAGUGGGUGUAAUCAGCUUUAUUCAUGAACCCCUUGUCUGAGUCUGGGUACAGCCUGGAUGUUGGAUGUCCUGAGUGUGUUGAAUCAGCUGUUGCGGUGAUGAGGCAGGGCUCCUGGUGGCCUGUGUGGCUGGCUGGGCAGAGGCCCAAGGUGAUGUGAUGGGGUGCAGGAACAGUAAGGUCCUCCCUGAGCCUCCAGGGGAUGUUCAGUUGGACCUGGUCAAAAAGGUUGAUCCUCCCCAACCUCCUCAGACAGAUAUCUAUAAGCACUUCAUACGAGGGGAUGGCACUGGAAGCAAGAUGGGUGGGGCCGGUGGAGGGGGAGGUGACAAGGCAGACUCCACCUCUCCAUACCAGGCCCGGGCACAAGCUCCCACUCCCACCGUUUCCACUCAGCCACCCAAGGACCCGUCCGAACUGUCGGACCCUCAACGGAAGAAGGUGGCAAAAUAUCGAGCCAAGUUUGACCCGCGUGUCACAGCCAAGUACGACAUCAAAGCUCUGAUAGGUCGCGGGAGUUUUAGCCGGGUUGUCCGUGUGGAGCACAAGAGCACGCGGCAGCCGUACGCCAUCAAAAUGAUCGAGACUCGGUACCGGGAGGGGAGGGAGGUGUGCGAGUCAGAGCUGUGUGUUCUUCGACGCGUUCGUCACACCAAUAUAAUCCAGCUGAUGGAGGUCUUCGAGACGGCAGAGCGCGUCUACAUGGUGAUGGAGCUGGCCACUGGAGGAGAGCUCUUUGACCGGAUCAUCGCUCGCGGCUCCUUCACCGAGCGGGACGCCACGCGGGUGCUGCAGAUGGUGCUGGAUGGCGUCAAGUAUCUCCACACUUUGGGGAUCACUCACCGAGACCUGAAGCCAGAGAACCUGCUCUACUACCAUCCUGGAGCUGAUUCCAAGAUCAUUAUCACUGACUUUGGUUUGGCCAGUAGCAGGAAGAAGGGAGACGAGUGUUUGAUGAAGACCACCUGCGGCACGCCAGAGUACAUUGCCCCUGAGAUCCUGGUGAGGAAACCUUAUACAAACGCAGUAGACAUGUGGGCGCUGGGGGUGAUAUCGUACAUCCUGCUGAGCGGAACCAUGCCCUUCGAGGACGACAACCGCAUGAGGCUCUACCGGCAGAUCCUCAAGGGGAAGUACAGCUUCUCUGGAGAGCCGUGGCCCAGCGUGUCCAACCUGGCCAAAGACUUUGUGGAGCGGAUUCUAACGGUGGAUCCCAGCGAGCGGCUGACGGCUGGCCAGGCCCUCAAGCACCCCUGGAUCGUCAGUAUGGCCGCCUCUUCCUCCAUGAAGAACCUACAACGCUGUAUAUCUCAGAACCUCCUGAAACGGGCAUCCUCUCGCUGCCACAGCACCAAGUCGGCCCAGUCCACGCGCUCAAGCCGCUCAACCAAAUCCAACAAAGCCCGGCGGGUGCGUGAGAAGGAGCUACGCGAGCUGAACCGUCGCUAUCAGCAGCAGUACAAUGGCUGAAACGGGGACAGCCACCGACCGUAGCAUACCUUAUACUUUGGGGGAAACAGCACUACAAUGACUGAGCUUUUACAAUGACUACCACCAUUUGAAGUUGCUGCCAGUGUUAGAAGCCAAAAAUGGCUUCCAAAAAAAAAGAAUAAAGAGAACCAUGACCUUUGGCUACCAAAAGUAGAAUUAAGUUUGAAAAAGUAACUGCUGCCAUUCGAGACUAUAGAACAAGUGAGAAACUAUGAGGACAAAGUGAUCUAUGAAUUCCAGUGUGUCUUCUGAUGAGCACAGAAACGGACACACCAGUCAAGUGUUGUACUGCAACGGUUACAUCAUCUCUCCAUCCAUUCCUUCACCUUUUCUUUGGCAGGAUGGGGCCUUCCACUCCUUUCCUUUUGUUCUUUCAAUCCCUGUGUCUCUACAUAUUUAUUUAUUAUUGUUGACAUGAUUAUUAGUCUCCAUUCAAAUGGUCACUGGAUAAUGACCUUCCACGAGGAUCUGUUGAACAGAGUUCUGGGUACUGAAGUCUCUAAGAACAAAGGGAUACUUAAGAGGAGGGGGAAACAAAUUCCUCUCACUCAUUCCUGAUUGAAAAUUGCUGUGAAUUUAUUAUUGUACUAAUUGUACAGACCUUGUCUUAACAUGUGGGUGAUGGAAACACACUGCAACAUAACCAUACCCUUGAAGGCCAAAAUGAAGGCAUGUUGUUUAUUAGUCUAGUCUAAGCUUAUCUAAUCUUGCCAUUACUGCUCUGUUAAUAUUGUUCUAAAGCUGUCAAAAGAUUGUGAAGCUGUUUUGUGUCAGUGUUUAAUCUUAAAUGUAUUGUACUAGACAGUAAACCACACAGCCCCACUCCCGAUGAUUUUCAUAGACUAAUAGAUUCACUUAUAAAGUAGCAGCUGUGAACACUUACUGUUGCAUAGCAGUAUUAUUAAGUUUUCAUAAGGUUAUGUGGCUAUUUAGGGUGUUGUAUGGUCUCCUUUGUUGGUCACAGUGAGAAUGGUACAUGUUCUUAGAGCAGCAAUGAACGUAAAUAUAUUUGUUACAGAGAGAUAGUUGCCGGUUGCACCAGCUCUUUAUAAGUUCAAACUUAGUUAUAACACAAGCUCUAAAAUGAGUGUUUACUUACUCGGCAUCACUAAAUUAAAAAGGGUUGCACCACAAAAAGUAGUUCUUAUGUAGAGAUCAGUAGUUACUAAAUAUUUAACUACAUGCACAAAUAGCCAGGUGUAGUCUUAGCCAGCUGUUCAGUAGCUAACCCGACUAACUGACAAAAAAACGUUAGCUUGUUAAUAUCUGAACCAUUUAGGGUCAAGAGAAAAAGAGAUAACAAGGAAUAUGUUCAACAUAUCUGACCUGACUCUUGAUGAAAUGCUGUUUAAUGAUGAUGUUAACUGGGAAAAUGUGACCUGCAAUGAUAAUAUUAGACUAAAUUACCAAAUAACAACAGCUAGGUUAGCAUAAUCAGAUAUUUCCUGCUCAUUCUAAACUACAUGAAUACUCUUAAACACACAUUUCUCCAUAGAUUUCUAUAUAGAUAUAGAUAUGAAUAAAACAAAACAAUACCUACAUUUACAAAGGAUUGGCUGUUAAGUUUUAAAAAUUUUUAGUUUUUACAAGUUAUGUUACCACUUGUGAUGCUACAGUGACUUUCUGAGCAACUCAUACAUUACUGAAGUCUACUGAAUGGUGCAACCUGAUUUAGUAAAGCACUAGUUUGAAACUAGCUACCAGGUAUUAAGAAUUUAGGAAGGACUUUACACACUCUUAAUGAUGGAUUUACAAAUAACUGGUGCAACCUAAUCCAGAAGUCCCGCCAUCUUUCCUAGCUAGCUCUGUUCCACUAACACCUGUAACUCAGUGGGUUUUCACAUUGGUUGUGUUAGCAUUCAACAUAACAUAUCCCAUCAGUCUUAUCCAACGGCAGCUGAUUGGCUCACUGUCAAAAUAAUUCUUUAUUUUCCUUGGUCAAAUGACAAAUUUUACUAGCUAGUAUAUAGCCAGGGGUAGUAGAUAGAAUUAAGCUAUGGAAAAGAUGAGAAAGGUACGAAUCAGAUUUAUUUUUCUUUUCUGUAAUUUUUCUUUCCCUCUGGUCAAGUGUGCCAAACUAUUCUUGUUAAUCACAGUCAUGUCAUGAAAAACUGACCAUUUAAGUCUAGAAGCUAGUGGAACAGAGGCUAUCUAAGAAAGAGGGAGGACGAUUUUUAUUAGUAUUUAGUAGCUCUUAGGCAGGUUGUGUUUUAGCAUGUAGAAACACCAAACAGAAGACCAAAAUGAAGGAAACCACUAAAGAUAGAGGAAUAUAUAGAGCUGGAUCAAAUGACCAAUAGUCUAUAUGAUUUUGAAAUAUUAGAUUACAAAACAUUACACAUGCAACUAUACAGUCGUCUGUGUAAGGCUUCUUUAGUUUGAAAAGGUUACUUAUUUCCUCUAAAUGCACUUCAAUUAAAAAAAAUGCCUUACUUAGAGGAAAACUCUAGAUAAUCCACAAUGUCAUAGUAAACAAAACAGGUUGUACGUCUCUCUUGAUCUGCACUCUUUUAAAUCUGCCUUUGUAGUCUGAAUCAUAUUCAGUCCAAUGCCCAUCAUGUGAAGAUAGUCAGCACCCUUACACAAUAAGGUAUUGUGACUACUGAACAACUCUGAGCUGGACAAUAUGUUGAUAUAAUAACAAUAUUCUGAAAUGAGACUAGAUUAUAUUAUGGAUUUUGUUUCUUAUAAUAUUGUGGUAUAGUUAAAAGGCUGCGUUACAGGAAGGUGACAUUUCUGAAUUUAUUAAACAGUUCAAGCAGACUGAAAUGAUUGAGUGCAGAUGAUUUUCUGCUAACUAUCUUCAUCUCCAAAUUGGUCAAAAUAAUGUGAUAUUUGGUUAUUUCUAAUAUUGCCCAACAUAAGCACAACCCAAAGAUUCAGGAAAGGUGAGGAGUUGUUUUCCUUUUUGUCUUUUUUCCUGUAAUCUGGCAAAGCACUUCAUGUACAAAGUUGAAUUGAAUUUUUUUUUUUUUUUAAUUAUAAUCGUUAAUUGUUAAUGUUAAUUGGACCUGUUCACUGCGUUUUUAAAUGUAUUUUGUCCCUUCAGAACACUCCCAGAGUAAAUCAGUUGCUACAGAAUUUCUUUCAUCUUUAAAUGAGCAUUUUGCUGUGAUCUACCCCAGACUUCUAAAGUAUGCUGUUGUUGUGAACUUUUUAACACAUACUGGAAACCUAACCGAGCCAUGUCAGCUGACCUCAGUUUUUCCUUUCUUUUUGUUUUUUGUCCUCUACUUGUUCCAGGAUGCUCUGUCAUCUUUCUGAUGCUACUCUUUCCAUUUCCUUGAUGAAAGUCAGAUUUAGGUCUCUUUUUAAAUUUCUCUGUUCCUUCGUUCCACUGCUGUUAUCUGUCCUGAUGUCUCACCUCUUGGUGGAAGUAAAUUUUUUUAUAUAUAGAAGACCGUAAGUGAGGCUAACGUCGGAACUGGUAUUGGUACACUCAAAUCUACACUCUGUCUACUUCUUGGUUCCCUGUUCAGUAUUGUAUGCCGCCUGUCAUUGGACAGAUGCUCCACCCAAAAUAUUGAAUAUCAAAUGCACCGUGUAGGUUUGAAAAGGUUCAUUUGCCAAAAUAUGGCAAAUUUAGCAGCCAUCUGUCGAGCCUACAGUGGUGAUUUGAUGAUGACAAGAUAGAUAUUGUGUAAAGUAUCACUUUAAGGUGUCACACUUUCUGCACCAUACAGUAUAAUGAGGUGGCCUUAAUAUUUGUAGUGUGUUGAUCGAUAUCUCCUAGAGUGUAUCAUCUUUGUGAAACAUAAAACUAUAACCUCUUUAAAUCUCAGAUCUAGGAAUCACAGUCACAAAUUAAUCAUUUGGAUUCAAAGAAUUGCAGUGUUUGAAUUAGUCAGCAGCAUCAUUGAGUGCCUAUUGUAUACCACGUUCAAUGAAUAACCAAAUCAGUUCGUUAGCAGUUUUGCAGAAUGUCAGCACAUUUGUAAAAGUGUUUUCUUUCGUGUUUUUAUAUAUCUGUGUGAUUUUAUAUAAAUGCUGUUGCCCUAAAUGAAGUAGCCAACUCAACACUGUUACCUGAAAACAGUUGUUCAUCUUUUGUAAUUGUGUGUCAAAAUGAAUGAUAACACUUUGAUUCUUCUACCAUUAACUUUUUUAUUUUUUUUAAACAGUGAGUUGUAUGUGCCAAUAAAACAUUCGAACCUGA